AUGGCCAAUAUCGUCCGCACGGCAACUCCGGACCCAACCCCUCGUAAGAAGGCUGGCGGGACGGAAGCCAAGAAGAACAUCAAGGCUUUGGCUGUCGAAAGUGGUCUUUCCAAGGACAUCGCGUCGCAAGCAUCUCCGUCCAAGGGCAAGUCUCUGUUACAGGAAGAAGACUUCCCUGCGUUGGAUGCAGUUAAGGCGAGCGUUACGCGGCCUGGUACACCGUCAAAGCCUGCGGUUGCAACGCCAAAGAUUGCCCCGGCCAGCAUCAAGAAGCCCCAGCCAGAAGCGACAACUGCAGCUUCAACUCCGGUGACUGAGGAGCCCAAGCCUAUACACAAGGCAGUCGAGAAGAAGCCCGUGCCGGGCGUCUUGAACAUCGCCGCGGCCACCAAAGCAGCCCAGCCGAAGCAACCAGAGACAGCCACGGCAGAACAGUCGGAUUCAUCGGCAUUCCCCGCCUUGCCAACUCCAACAACUGCUAGUGUCGCAUCUCCCAUUACAAGAUCUGCACCCAAAACUCUGCGUGUCGUCUCGACACCAAAGGCCGAAGUGCCGCCGCCCUUGCAUUCUGGUACCACCUUCUCCGCUGCCGCCAGAGCCGUGUCUACUGCUUCCGGUCGACCUGGAACACCGGCCAGCGAAAUCGUCAGUGACAGUGCAUCCAUCGUAUCGGCAUCCGUCUCUGCAUCUCGCACGAGUUCGCCACCUCCCACUAGGGUUGGAAUAGCUCCCGUCCGCACUACGACGAAGAGCCAACAGCGUAAACAACGUAAGGAGGCCCACAAGGAACAGUCUGCCACCAUUGCUGUUACGCCGAAAGUAGCGGAACCCGAGGAGCAAGCGCCCAUCAUCGGCCGCAAGAAGAAGCAGAAGAAGGAGAAGUCGGUGGCUACGCCCCCAGCGGUGCCCAAGAAAGCUGCCGAGCGCGCAGCGACGCCGCCACCUCCACCGAAAGAACCUACUCCUCCUCCCAAGCCAAUCCUUGAGAGAACGGUCGUUGAUCUGCCUCCUCCGAAGGGUAAGGCAGCCAAGAACGCCGCGAAGAUCGCGAAGGCAGCCGAAGAAAAGGGUAAGAGCAGAGAGGUAUCGGCAACACCUACGCCUCCACCCCCAGCGCCGACUGCUGUUGUUGCGCCCGAAGAGUCACAAGACAUCGCAGACAACCCCAAGACCAUCCCCGAGGUUGUCUUCCAGGACCUUCUCGGUGCUGGCCAGGCUCCUCCGGCAGACGCCCUCACGCUGCUCAAGCCGCUUACCGAGCAGAACACCCGCAUCGAUCGAGCGCACGCCGCUGCGGCACAUGGCAAUAACCCGCCUCCAUCAACCACAACUAAAAACAUGAUUUCUGAGGCAGACCACUCUGCUCUUGUGACUGGCCAGCCGGUUCGCAAGGUGAUGGAUGGCCAUCGCGUGCUCAUCACGCCCAAUGGUGAUUGCGUCCGCAACCUCACCGAGGAAGAAGAGGAUAAAUACCUGGAGCUUCAAAAGCGUGUCGCAGUAGCCAGCGACCAGCCCGACAGUUUCGUUGCACCCCGCCACCAAGCUCGUCCUGGCGGCUUCUCUCUCAUCAAAGGACGCGCUGUGCCCAACGGCCCUCCGUCGUACUUCCCGCCGUCUCCCAACGCGCAGAAAAUGUUCUCCGACGAUCCGGUCAACAAGAUCCAACGCGAGGAGGCCAUCAGCUACAUCAACCAGUUUGUGCUCCCGCGACUCAACCUUGGUAACACCAACUUGUUCCCGGGCAGCUGGAAGUCUGCGCCGGGCGCCAAGGACGCUCUCUCUGCGCGCGAGACGGCCGCUGCCAGCCUCAACUCGCUGGCCCCGUACAUCUACGGCCAUGACGCAGCUGCCGGAGCGGGCAUUUACUCCGCUGAGAGCGGUGGUUCAGGCAAGGACAUCCCCGAGGACGAGACGCCCUUUGGUGGCUUGGACUCGCCGCAGCACCAGGGUAACGAGGUCGCCGUUGCGAAUGCAUCUGCCUCUGCUGCUGCCGCCGCUGCCGCGCAAGCUCACGCGCACAGCAGCAGCGCGCACCCCAAGCUUCCGGGCACGCCUCUCAACGCCAUGUCGCUGAUGAGCGUCGAGGACGCGGAGACGGCGCUGGCGCUGGCGCGCAAGGAGACUGAGAAGCUCGAGAAGGGUCUCAACCAGGCUAUUAAGCGUAACCGGAGACUGCUUCUCGGCGGCAGAUGA